CUCCGGGCGGUCGCAUUGUUUUCCUCCGCGGAUCGGCGGAGGGAGUGGGGGCUGCGACUCGAACCCUGGGCUCUCACCUCCGGACAGCGCCUGGGCGCCCACAUCCAAGUACCGUUCCGCCGGGACGUCCACCACAUCUCACCUGAGCCUCGAUCGCGGAUGUCGAACUCUGCACGGCGUGGAGCUGCCGACCGCCUGCUUCGAUCUCGAGCCUACUGACCUGGAUCUCGAGUUAGAGGUCUCCUAAGCCCCCUCCAGGCCCCCACAGGACUCACCACCCCAGGGCCAGCUUAUGGGUGAGGGGGCACCCCCUGGGGCCUGAGCUGCCCCACGCAGGAUGCCCCGAGCCCCCUACCUCAUGCCCUUGCUGCUACUGCUACUGCUGCUGCUGCUCUCACUUCCCCACACCCAGGCUGCCUUUCCUCAGGACCCCCUCCCUCUGUUGACCUCUGACCUGCAAGGUACUUCCCCAUUAACUUGGUUCCGGGGCCUGGAGGACGAUGCUGUGGCUGCACAACUUGGGUUGGACUUUCAGAGAUUCCUGACCUUGAACCGGACCUUGCUAGUGGCUGCCCGGGACCACGUCUUCUCCUUCGAUCUUCAAGCCCAAGAAGAAGGGGAGGGGCUGGUGCCCAACAAGUAUCUAACAUGGAGGAGCCAAGAUGUGGAGAACUGUGCAGUGCGGGGGAAGCUAACGGAUGAGUGUUACAACUACAUUCGCGUUCUCGUUCCCUGGGACUCCCAGACACUCUUGGCCUGUGGGACAAACUCGUUCAGCCCUGUGUGCCGCAGCUAUGGGAUCACUUCACUGCAGCAGGAGGGUGAAGAGCUGAGUGGGCAAGCUCGAUGCCCCUUUGAUGCCACCCAGUCCAAUGUGGCCAUCUUUGCAGAGGGCAGUCUGUACUCAGCCACCGCCGCCGACUUCCAGGCCAGCGAUGCUGUCGUUUACCGAAGCCUCGGGCCUCAGCCUCCACUCCGUUCGGCCAAGUACGACUCCAAGUGGCUCCGAGAGCCACACUUUGUCCAUGCCUUGGAGCAUGGGGACCAUGUUUACUUCUUCUUCCGAGAGGUGUCUGUGGAGGAUGCCCGGCUGGGAAGAGUGCAGUUCUCCCGCGUGGCGCGGGUGUGUAAACGGGACAUGGGUGGCUCGCCCCGUGCCCUGGACCGCCACUGGACAUCCUUCCUAAAGCUGCGGCUCAACUGCUCUGUUCCUGGGGACUCUACCUUCUACUUUGACGUCCUGCAGGCCUUGACUGGGCCUGUGAACCUGCAUGGUCGCUCUGCUCUCUUCGGGGUCUUCACCACUCAGACCAAUAGCAUUCCUGGCUCUGCAGUCUGCGCCUUCUACCUGGACGAUGUUGAACGUGGGUUUGAGGGAAAGUUCAAGGAGCAGAGGAGUCUGGAUGGGGCCUGGACCCCUGUGUCUGAGGACAGGGUUCCUUCACCCAGGCCAGGCUCCUGUGCAGGUGUGGGAGGCGCUGCCUUGUUCUCCUCUUCUCAAGACCUCCCGGAUGAUGUCCUGACCUUCAUCAAGGCUCACCCACUGCUCGACCCUGCUGUGCCACCCGCCACCCACCAGCCUCUCCUCACUCUCAGUAACAGGGCGCUACUGACCCAGCUAGCUGUGGACGGUAUGGCUGGCCCCCAUAGUAACACCACCGUCCUGUUCCUUGGCUCCAAUGACGGGACAGUGCUGAAGGUGCUGCCCCCAGGGGGGCAAUCCGGGGAACCUGAGGCCAUCCUACUGGAAGAGAUCGAUGCCUACAGCCCCUCCCGGUGCAGUGGGAAGCGGGCAGCCCACACAGCACGACGGAUUAUAGGGCUGGAGCUGGACACAGAGGGCCACAGGCUUUUUGUGGCCUUCUCUGGCUGUAUUGUCUACCUCCCUCUGAGCCGCUGUGCCCGGCAUGGGGCCUGUCAGAGGAGCUGUCUGGCUUCGGACCCAUACUGCGGAUGGCAUAGCUCCAAAGGCUGCGUGGAUAUCAGAGGACCCGGUGGGACUGAUGUGGACCAGGUUGGGGACCACGAGUCCACGGAGCAGGGUGACUGUCGAGAUGGAGCCACAGGGAGUCGGUCUGGCCCUGGGGACUCUGCUUAUGUGCUUCUGGGUCCUGGCCCUUCCCUUGAGACCCCCAGUUCCCCCCGUGAUGCCCACCCCGGGCCCCUGUCUUCCACUCUCGGAGCUCACACUGAGGGCGUGCGCCGGGACCUCCUCCCAGCCUCGGCCUCCCGCUCCGUCCCCAUCCCGCUGCUCCUGGCCAGCGUGGCCGCCGCCUUCGCCCUGGGCGCCUCGCUCUCCGGCCUCCUGGUGUCCUGCGUGUGCCGCCGCACCCACCGACGUCGGAGCAAGGACGUGGAGACGCCGGUGCUGCCGCGCCCGCUGUCCCUGCGCAGCCUGGCUCGGCUGCACGGGGCGGGCCUGGAGCCCCCGCCGCCGCCCAAGGACGGGGACGCGGCGCCCACGCCGCAGCUCUACACCACCUUCCUGCCUCCGGCCGAGGCCGGGCCCCCGCCCGAGCUGGCCUGCCUGCCCACGCCCGAGUCCACGCCCGAGCUGCCGGUCAAGCACCUUCGCGCCUCCGGGGGCCCGUGGGAGUGGAACCAGAACGGGAACAACGCCAAGGAGGGUGCGGGGCGCGCGCGGGGCGGCCACGCGGCCGGCGGGCCCGCGCCGCGCGUGCUGGUGAGGCCGCCGCCGCCGGGCUGCCCGGGGCAGGCGGUGGAGGUGACCACGCUGGAGGAACUGCUGCGCUACCUGCACGGCCCGCAGCCGCCCCGCAAGGCCGCCGAGCCCCCGGCCCCGUUCACCUGCCGGCCGCUGCCGCCCGAGCCGGCCCCCAGCCCUCCUCUCUUCGCGGACUCGGGGGCGCUCCCCCGCGAGUGCGCGCCGCCGCUGCGGCUGGACGUGCCCCCCGACGGCCAGGCCGCCGCGCCCGCCGCCGCCCCCGCCCCGGCGCGGCCCGCGCUCUCCGCCCCGGCUCCCCGCCUCGGCGUCGGGGGCAGCCGCCGCCUGCCCUUCCCCACGCACCGGGCGCCCCCGGCGCUGCUCACCCGAGUCCCCUCGGGGGGGCCCUCCAGGUACUCCGGGGGGCCCGGGAGACACCUCCUGUAUCUGGGCCGUGCCGAGGGCUACCGCAGCCGCGCCCCCAAGAGGGUGGACGUCGACAAGUCCCCGCUGUCCCCCAAGUCUCCCCUCGUCGGGGCCGCCCCUCACGGCAGCCACUUCAACUUUUAGAGGGGGGGGGCGCCCGGGGCCCCAGCCCUCCUCGGCCGCGCUCACGGACCUUCCCCCCUCCCCCCAAGGCCGCCACUGCCCUCCCUCCGCCCCGCGCCCCCAGCCUUCCUGGACUCUGAGAGUCUCCCGGGGUCCCCCCCACCCCCGUCCGGCCUCGGGCUUAUUUAUUACCGUCGAUUGUCUUUUUUCCCCUGUCCCCGAGAGGGGAGUGGGAGGCGCGAGGCUCGUCCUCCCGGUGAGCCAGCAUUUUAGGGGGAACCCGCCGACUCCCACUCCCCCCUCCCCACCUUUUCCCUUCCAGCCAAGCUGCCUUAACUCGCCCCUCCGGGCUUCCUCGGAAGACUGGGCCCCGGGCGGGCCGCACGGCGGGCCGGAGGACGGAGGGACCGGGCUGGGGCCACGCGCCCGCGUUGUGUACAGAGUUCUCGGCCCCCCCGGGACUGGGACGUGCCUCCUCCUACUAUGUAGGAGCCCCCCCCCCCGCUCCCCAAUACAGCUGUGUCCCCAGCCGCUGCCUGACUUCACUCGCGCCGGGGGCCGGGCGGGGCGGGGCGGCUUUCCCUCCCCACGCCGGCGCCCCCGCCGCCGCCUGCACCUCGCUCGGCCUGGGGCCGGCCGGCUCUCCCCGGCCCACGCCGGCGCCCUGCGCCUGCGCCCCUGCCGCCGCCCGCACCGCACCUCGGCCUGCAGCUCUCUCCCGAGUAAUUGGGAAGGCUGCCGUCCCACCGGGGUUAAUCAGGAAAGGUCUCCUGAAGGAGGCAAGCGAAGAAAUGGCGUGUGGGGGAUGAGCCAGGGCCCACGAGACCCACGGCAGGCGUUUAGGUGGUGGUGAGGGAGGCGCGCAGGAGGUAAGGGACUUUUUCAAGGCCUACUCUGUGGGUGGAAGAGGGAACUUUUUUUUUUUCCUUUUGAGAAAUAAAAUGAAGCAGCUUGAUCUGAGUUUCACAUCAGGAAAUCUCGUCCUAAAGAGAAUUGGACUUGAAGAGUGUGCAAAAACCCAGCCGAGAGGAUUCCUCAGCCCUGCUGGAGGCAAGCGUGGCCCCAGCAGUGCUCAGGGGGGGGAGCAGCUCCCC